AUGGAUCCAAGAAUAGCAAACGACUACUAUCCAAACCGCAACAACCAAAAUGUUGCUUUUCAUGAAAAGACUGAAGCGUCAUCUGCGCCGCCAUCCAAAGAUUUUGGAAUGAUCACACCUCCGGUGUCGCCAGUGAGGGUAUCCAUGAACAGCAAUUUGGCAAACUCUCCUCCUGCUGUUAUGAAUCAUAACCGACUUAGCAAUACGAACACCAUGAUCAGCAAGCCGGAUAGCACUAAUACUCCAAAAGCAUACACCAAACCUGCUAAAAAGCCUACUGCUGGUCAAACCGGUUUACCAUGGUUGACGCACGAUGCCGACGGAGAGCACUUUUCUUCAAAACAAUUAUGCAAUAGCCCUACCGAUCUUUCUGUUUCUUCCUCAGGUACUAAUGGCGGCUCGAUUCAGCUUCAGCAUCAGCAACGAGGAACAGCAUCAGCAUCAGCGAAUAUAUCACCACCUCCCAAAUUCAGAGCAAAACCAAGAACACUAUCUGCUAUAGGAUUUCCUACAAGAAAAAGGACAAUGCAAAAAUACAUAUAUAGUAUGAAAGAUGGACUCGAACCUGUCAAAAUUUUAUGCAAACGGCUAACAAUUUGGCAAGAUUCUGUCAAAUUUUUGAUUAGAAUGUUCAAAAGAAUUAGAAAAGUGGAAUUGAAUACUGGAAAAGGUUACAGAAAAAUUGAUGAUACGUUCGACAUCCCUGCCAAAUUAAGAGAACACUUUAAAUCUUCGAAUGGUGUACAAGACGCAUGGGCAGCCUUCAAGGACUAUACCCGUGAAAAUAGCUUAAUUCACGAGGAUUUUGUUGAUUUCAUCAAUAGUGAAAUUGUUCCUAUUUUACAUGUGAUGCUGAAGGACAUUUACACGAUGAUACAGUCCCUCAAAUCUAAUAGGGACUUGUACACAGCAGGGUUAUGGGACUGUCGUAAAAGAGCAGAUAAAGAUAUUACAACGCUGAAUUCUGAGCUCUAUAAAGUAGUCAAUAGUCAAGAAAAAGCAGCAAGUAAUUAUCUCAUUCCUAAAAAAGAUCCUUUAUUGAUAAAAUAUGUUGUCAUUGCUUCUAUUAGAGAACUGUAUCAACACGAAAAUCAAUUACAUAAGAGCUUCCUGAAUACUCAAGACAUGUAUCGCCAAUUCGAGCAAGAAAAAAUUAUUAAUGUGUACACUGACUUAUUCACCACUUUUGAAACUUUUCGUGUUGAGCACCAUCUGGAGACGUUGGAGGGCGUCAAUAAAAUGGCUGCUAUUUUGAAGGCUAUUGAAACAGAUUCAGAAUAUUGGGAUUUUGUCCAACAUCAUGAGAACCAACUGGUAAAAACCAACGCUGCUUUUAAGGAUGAGCAUCAUUUCGAUUUUCCCAACGCUACACAUCCCCUUGUACAACCUCUCAUGGAAGGAACUCUGCAAAGACAUUAUGGCAAAAAAUGGCAUGACGAAUAUUAUAUUUUGAGUCCAGUUGGCAUGUUAUAUAAAUUUAGGGACAAAGAGCACAUGCUUAAAGCGCCUCUGAAGUCUGAACUCUCUCUGUUUGUUCCACGAUGCACUUUGUUGAUUGAUCCUAAUGAUCAGUUAGCUGUUUUGAAAGGCAAACUCUUACAUUCUUUCUUGGGAUCUAAAAAAUCAUUAGAACUAUCUUCUACUCAACCAGAUACGAUCAAAUUAUGGAUCAAUGCUUUGGACGCUAUGGUGUCUCAGCGAGAAACAGGUGUCAUCAAGACUGCACCUCCUCAGCAACAGCCACAGCAGCAAAUCGUACCUGAUAAUCAUUCCUUCCAGUCAAAGGUACAAACUGACGAAGAGCAACCAGUAAUUGAUCGAUGUAAUAUGCCGAUUAUGAAUGAUGACGUUACAGAUAAACGUAGUAAUAGUGUUGAGGUAGAGAAGCCAGAAGAUAGCGUUGAAAAAGCGCCUCAACUAUCAGUCACAAACAAUUUUACACUACCACCAAUUGAUACUGGCGCUGCAUUGUCAGAUGUCCACCAAAAUAAUAAUAAGCUAGAAAGAGCAUAUACAUCUUCUAAUGCUAUUAUUGAUAGCCAUUUUGACGAGUCUUCUCCUCGAACCAUUGACAGCUCUCAACAACUACCUCAGCAACAACAACAGCAGGAGUUGCAACCAACUACCAUUGAUGAUCCAAAAAUUAUUCAUCCUGAGGAUAACAACAAAUUCAUACCUGUUGCGUUUUCUUCUUCUCAAACGAGUAAUAAGAAUAGUAUAAAUGAAGGCGUAAAUCUCAAUAACAAGUACAAUGAUCAGCACUCAGAUAGUGUUGAAAAUACUGAACGUUCUACUCAUGCUCCCAUGACGCAACAUUCGCAUCCGGAUAUGAAUAGCCGAACUGAUUUUGACCCUCACCAAGAUAAUUUAGAUGCGCAAAAUGAAGUUAACGACAGCUCCAGAGAUACAAUCUCUCAAAGAAAUGAAGGUUUUGGCAAUUUUGAACCGCCUAACAUUAAUUAUUCCAAAGGAAGAUCAUCAACCAUGCAAUCUUCCGAAAUCCAAGACAAUCUCCCAGGUCCAAAUUACUAUGCAGAGCCUGGCAAAAACGAACAAAGCAUCAGGGAUGCAACACCUAACUAUGAAGACAAAAUAAUGCCAGGUGGUCCCAUGAGACAAGCGAGUGAUGUCUUUUGGAACGCUCAAUAG